AUGCAAAGUCUAACCGCUAAAAUUAGCAAGAAAUUUGAGGAUUGGGAGAAAAAACAAUUCUUCACACACAAGUGUAUUGAUGAGAAAUCAGAAUCAUGUAAUCCAGUUGAAUAUUUCAGAGAGACAUCUUUCUUCAUUGAAAUGACAUAAUUAUACGAUGUAAAAAGUACUUGCUACAAUAACGAUGAAAUGAAAUACAUGCCAAUUCUUGUCUAAGUGCGUUAAAAGCAAAUCAACGAUUUUCUAGGCGGUCAUAACUACCUCCUGCAAGUUUGGGACACCACCACCAGAAAGAAGGUCUAUCAGCUUCCAUUACAUGGUAAAGAUAUGAUUAUAAAAAUUUUUGGAGUAGACCCAAUAAAGAAAUGGGCAAUCUGCUAUGACUUCUUAAUCUUCACCCUUGAAGAGGGAAACUAAAAUUCAGACGCAUUGCACAUAGUUAACCUCGGUGAUAAUAACAAAGUACUUAAAAUCAGAAAUUUUUCAAUGGCUGUGAAAGUUGAUCACAUGGUCUUCUUUUCGAAUAUUAUUUAUGUUGCUCAUGGAAUGAAUAUCAAAGUUCUUAAGCUCAGCGAGGAAUAGGCCUAGUCAGAAGAUGUUGAUGUGGCACAGCUUUCUCAGAGUGACAUUCACACUGAUUCACCAAUUCAUGGAUUUGUGCAACUUAAAAAAGAGAACAGUCUCCCAUUGGUUAUGUUUGAAGCCCCAGAUAACCAACUUGAUUUCAAUUUACUUUGGAUUACAGAGACUGAUUCUAUAAACGGUGAAGGUAUCUCCUACAAGUUCCUAUAAGUAAAGGAAAAGUGCAGAAGGCUAUCAUUUGUUGCUGAUCCCAUCAAGUAAGUUGAGUGCAUCAUCAACAAUGGCCUUGUAUAUGCUUUUGCGCUUAGAGAAUCUUCUUCUUUUGAUCUCUAUUAUAACAUGAUAAGAACAGAGUCAUGUGAUGAUUAUAAGAUUCAAAAUCUUACCUCAAACAUCAAAGGUUUCCUUUUCUAAGCAGAAGAUGAGUUCUACACUCUCUAUCAUAAAGGAGAUAAGUCUCUUAGUGCAACUGGCAUCUAAGACUCAAGCUAUUAAAGUGCUCUUGAUCCUACUGAUUUAAGUUUUGCUCACUAUGAGACAAUCAAGACUAUCGUGAAAUUCUACAGCAGUGUAGCAAUGCUCUAAGAAACUCAACAAGUUGUCUUCGCUCAUGAUUAAUACUUGUCCUACUACUGCGUAGAAAAGGAUUAAUUUAUUGGACAUGUUGACAUGGGCUCAAACAUUCUGCUUCUCUUUGAUAUCGAUUAUCCAAAUUGGCAUGAGCCAUAUCAUUGUGUCCUUCUAGAAAACGGAGAGACAAAAUAUAUAUAUGUUUGGAGUCUUGAUGAGAAUGGACUUCCAUCUAGGUAUGAUAAGCUUUUGGAUAAUCCAAUUGAAGAUAAGAUUAUCUCUGUCAUAAAUGAGAAAACAAACUCUUAUCCAGUCUACCUUCUCACCGAGGACAGUGAUGGUGAUAAAUAUGUUAAAGCUAUCAUCAAGCAUGGCAAACUUGUUGAUGUUAAACUUCAGGGAGAGAUCGGUGAAAGAUUCAACAUUGUUCCAUUUACCUGUAAAAAAAAGAGUUAUGUACUUGUUCAAAUGAAUCAGGAAAUUUACAUUUAUGAGUAAAAAGGUUCGAAUGAAGAUGAUUUCUUACUUUCUCUUUUAAUGAAUCAUGGUGAAUAAUCACAGCUAGAAGGUAAUAUCCACUCAGUCAGUACCAAAGAUCCUGAAAAGCAUUUGAUACUGUUUGAUGAGCGCAAUGGUUAUAUCUUAAAAAUGAACCCAUUCAGUUUUACUCAAAUUGAAAAUGUAUUUGUAUCAUGCUUAUUAUAAGAUGAUUAAUACUAAGGAUUCUAUGCUUUGAAGGGUAACGACAACGACAAAAAUGACGAGGGAUAUUUCUUCCUUGAUGUCGAUUCUACAGUCUAAAACAAAAAUCUUGCUUUCAUUCAGCUAGCUGUAUUUGAUAUCAAGCCUGAAAAUGUAAUUUAUAAAGGUUUCUCUAACUCAAGACUGGGAUUCUUCUAGUCACUUUACAAGUUCGUGAUUUCAAUUAUUCCAAAUUAAAAUAUGAACAAGUUCUUCAAUGCAAUCAGAUCUAACAAUUAUACGAUAUACAAGUAAAUAAAAGAUAUGGUCAUUGUUCUUGAUGACAAGGAUAACUUAAUCACCUACGAUGUGGUCACAGGUAAAAGAAAGAAUGUAUGUAAAGGCAAUUUUAGUUUGGAAGGAUUCAGAUAGUACAAUCCUAGAGGAUACAAAACAACUUUGUUCUGUAAAGAUUUCGAGGGAGAAGAACCUAAUCUCUCUGAUUAUUUUGAACCUUGGCAGUUAGAAACCUUUGUCAAGAAUUAGAUGUCUUUCAGAAUGAGCUGUGAUGAUUACAAGUAUCGUGUCUUCCGUGAGGUCGAAAUUAUCAAUGAAAGAGAAAUGAAAAUCCAUAUGGAAUACAUAUUCCCAGUAUCUGCUAAAAAUGAUGUAUAUUUGAUUUCAAACAACAAGAAAGAUCUUCUCAUUGCCAGAGACUCUCUUGGCUGGACUUGUCUUUAUAAGGUUAUUCCAGCGAAGGACUCCGUUAGUAGAAACAAAUUGGUUGUACUCAAGAAUAUCCCCGAUUUCCCACUAAGACUUCAUCAUCACUAUAGAUACAGACUUGACUUCUUCUCACCAGAUUUUACUAAAUUUAUUGGCUACAAUUGGGAUUCCAAGACCUACUAUCUUGUAGAUACAUUUACAGGUGAUAAGAACGAAAUAUCUUUAGAUUAUCUAAGUUAACAUAGUGAAUAAUACCCUAAAAUUAGCCCAUAAAUGGUUAUCAAUAGAUUUGAAUGGAUCGAUGAAAAAGUUUUCAGAAUCUGUAGCGAGGACGGUCUGGAAAAGCUUAUUGAUACUGAAGACAACUUUAACGAAAUUUCGUUCAAUUAAAUUCCUCUUUUCAACUAGAUUGAGGGCGCAGAAUGGUAUGCAGGUGCUGAAUAUCACAUUUUUAAGAGUAGAAGAGCAGCCUCAAAUCCAAUUGUCAAAUCUAAGAGAAUCUAUCAAGAUUAUAAAUCAAAAUAAUUCCUCUUCAAAGAUACACCUAGAUCAGAAUUCAAUCAACUUUUAUUCUAGCAAGAUUUUGAGCAAUUUGAUCAUUUCUCACAUAGUUUUACCUUACUUAACUGGAAUAUUGCAGAAUCAUGCUAAAACGAUGAUCUUAAACUUAAAGAUGUCAGUGAUGGUUUAAUUGAAGGAUCUCUUUAUGCCAUAUUCCCUGGUGGAAAUACUUUCUUGCAUUACAUUAGUGAGAAGCCAGAUGAAAUUGAAACUCUACUCAACAAAUGCCACCCUGAAUUAAAGUCAAUUAAGUAUCACAUCCCUAUUAUUCUAAAUGGUUUGAACGAGACAGUGCUUUCCAAAGCUGUAGAAAAGAAGGCUUUUAAGACUGCUAAUAACUUGCUUAAGCAUCUCUCUCUUUACCCAGCUGACCAUCAUUCUAGAGCUAUUUCGAAUAUUUACCCAGAACUGAUUAGAUUAAACUUACCAGAUUUUGAUACAUACAUGGAGAGCAGAUUCCAGUAAAGCUAUGAAGUUGCACAAAUUUAAAAACUCGCUUUGAGGGAAGAAUUUGAAGAAAUUCAAGUGAGCACUCCUUGGUUAAGAUACAAUGACCAUUUCUAUGACAGUGUCACAGAUUAUUCUUAGCCGGAAAGAAAAGUAAAAGUUGAAAUUCUAGAUAUCUCCUGUGUUUAUCACUAUAACGAACCGAUUGAGGAUAAAUUCUUUGAUGCCCUUGCAUCAACUGACUAGUUCAGCUAUUUUGAACUUAAAUCUAUUCAGAAAUUGAUCGAUUUCAAUUUCCCUAUCGUUCAGAAAUACCUCAUCAGAAAGCUUUUUAUCCCAUAUUUCUUCUUCCUUGGUCUAUAUGUCUUCUUCGUAUUCUUCUUAUAUGAACACAGAUUCGAUAAGACCUAUGAAGCCUACUAUUGGACUGUCCUUGGCUCAAUUGUACUAUUUGGAAGCUACUUUAUGCUAAAUGAGGUUAGACAAAUGAGAAAUGACGGACUUGAGUACUUUAAGUCAGUUUGGAAUUACAUUGAUACUCUCCCAGUGUUCGGUAUUUAUGUAAUGCUGGCAUUCGCCUUGAUUGAAGAAUUCGGAUUCUCUGAGGGAGAGUUCAACAGACCAGUUUAAAGAGGGUUUAUUUCUAUCGUAACUCUUCUGAUGUGGAUGAAAUUCCUAUACUUCUUCAGACUCUUUGACUCUACUAGUUAUCUUAUCAGAAUUAUCGUUGAGGUCGUUAUUUCAAUGAGAUACUUCCUCUUGGUACUCUUAAUGACAAUUAUUGGGUUUGGUAAUGCCUUCUAUGUAAUCUCCAACGGUAAUGUUGAGGAUCCAUUAGUUGAUAACUUCUUUAUUACUAGUUACCUUGACUCAAUUGUCUUCUCUUACAGGAUGAUUCUCGGAGAUUUCAAUACUACUGAAUUCGGUGCACUAGUGACACCCCUUUGCAUCGUCUUAUUCCUCAUCUUCACUGUAUUCAACAUGAUUGUGAUGCUCAACUUACUUAUUGCUAUUAUCUCAGAUGCUUAUGCUGCAGUUGCCGAGAUGUCUGAACAAGCCACCUAUCAAGAAAGAGCUUCAAUGAUCGCCGAGAAUAACUACCUUAUUCCCGAUAGCGUUAAGGAGUCCUACGCCAAGCAAGGCCAAUUCUUGCUAGUCAUCACAGACCUUGAGAAAGAAGAAAAGCCCAAGGGAGAUGAUGCCAUUAUCCAAAAGAUUGAGGAACUAAAGGCAGAUGUGACAAAGCAAAUUGAUGAGCUAAAGUCAGAAAAUAGAGUCAGCAUCGGUGGAAUUGAUAAAUCAGUUGAACAACUUCAAAUCUUCUUGUUAAGCACUAUGCCUAAGGAUGAAAUCUAUACAAAGCUAACUAGCUAUCCAGUUGAAAAAAUGACUCUCUUCCAAGUGAGAAAUCUUCACGAAGAAGGUGAAUACGAAGAGUGGUAUUGUCAAGGACAAAAUUUCAUUGGUUGUUACAGCAAUGAUUGUGACGAAGAUGGAUGCAUUAAUAAUGAUGAAACCACCGUUUAUAGAUGUGACUAAUGCGGCUAUGACAUUUGUGAGGAUUGCUAUCCAAACUAUGAUGAGCCACACAUUCAUCCCUUGGAAGCAAUUCUGUUGAAAGAUUUGAAAAUCUAGAAUCCAGCAUAUGAAUCAGGAUUUGGAUGUGAUGCUAGAACCUUUGAAGGAUGUAAGAACAAAGGUAAAAGAUACCAUGAUAAGUUUUCCAUUCUCUAUCAUAACGUUGAAAAUUAAUUUGAUCUUUGCACAGACUGUGCUAAAGUAUACAAGAUUGAAAAUCACACUGAUGCUUCUCCGUGA